ACGAGUCGUAGUUGUAUGUUCUGCAACAACGUUCAUGAUUUCAGUGGCCCCUGUUUCCCCAUCCUUAUACCAGCAGGAGACAGACAGUUCAAGAACUGCAUGGAGUUCAGCCGGUCGAUGCCUCUGGAGACCACGUCAGAGAGCUGUCACCGAGAACAGCUGAACUCCCUCACCGCCUACAUCGACGGCAGCAACGUCUACGGGGGUUCCAAAGAAGAGGCGCUCAAACUCCGAACCCUCAAAUUAGGACAACUGGCGUCUACGAAGAAUGGCCAGCGCCUCCCUAUUACAAACGCAACCACCUGUUUGAAGGGUCCUGGACAUUCCUGCUUUGAUGCUGGUGAUGUUCGAGUGAACGAGUUCCCUGGCCUGACUUCCAUGCACACAGUCUGGAUGCGAGAACACAAUCGAAUUGCGAAGAGGCUGUCCACUGUGAACCGUAAAUGGAACGACGAGACACUGUUUCAGGAAGCACGUCAAAUCGUCAUUGCUAGUAUGCAGCACAUCACCUACAAAGCCUGGCUCCCACAUGUUCUCGGCGAAAUGUACAAACUCUUUGACCUGUCCGGCAAGUACCAGUACAACGCCUCUGUAAACCCCGGCAUCUUCAACAGUUUUGCGGCAGCGGCGUUCAGGUUUGGUCACUCUCAGCUUGCUAGAGAAUACGCUGUAAAGGGCAGAAGAAAAGUGGAGAUACGAAAGAUGUUCUUUGACACCUCGUUUGUGACCAAUGGCUACGAUGACGUUCUCGAUGGACUAAUGACUUGGAGCAGUCAGGCAACCGACAAAGCGUUUACUCAAGGCAUCGUCGAUCACCUGUUUGAAAACACGGUUGAGUCGGGUAUAGGUUUCGAUCUUGUAUCGUUGAACAUUCAAAGAGGACGAGACCACGGAUUGCCUCCAUACUUGGACUUCGUUAACCACAUAUCAAAGGUCCCUGCUGUGAAGAAACUAUUUAGUGAUGAUCUCACGGUACCAAAAUGUGCCUUGGAUCUGUAUAGUUGCGUGAACGAUGUGGAUUUGUUCGUGGGCGGUUUGAGGGAGAAGCCGGUAAAGCGAGGACUGUUGGGACCAACAUUUGGCUUUAUACUGGCUAAACAGUUUGAAAACUUACGCUUGGGGGAUCGAUUCUGGUAUGAGAGAGCUGACAAAGAACGGAUCUUCACUGCAGCGCAGUUAACUGAGAUACGGAGGACGUCGUUAGCACGUGUCAUCUGCGACAACAGCAACGUCAAAGUCCUUCCACGUGAUGUCUUUAAGCGGUGAGAGAACAAUGUCCAAUAUAAGGGAUG